CGCGAUGCUCUGCGUGAGCUUACCCGGAAGUUUACGUCAUCAAACGUGCAAUGUUUAUGCUGUUCUAACGUGUGUAGGGGAUGAGGAAACCGGAAUAUUGAUUUGCCGUUUUUGAUUACUAAUUAAUGCACCGUAACAUCUAAGCGUCAGUUUUCACACUACCUUUCCGUCUUUUCAUUUUUAUUUGUAUAAAUAAAAACUUGCUAGCUUACUACAUGGAAGGAAUCGACUGGGGAUUGGCUCUUGAGGAAGACCUGGCGCGUGAAACCUGCUCUACUGGCAAUCCUGAACAGCAAUAUAACCCCUGGUCCAACCUGUCCAAUCCCUGGUCCGAGCCUGGCUACACUUCUGGAUCUAUAGGAGAACUGGACAAGUUGGCCACAGGGGAUGGACACCAUGUCAUUCUGCCGAAUAAGCAGGAAGAGCAAGGUGUCCAGACAGAUGCCUGGAUAGCAGACAAAGAUGUUAACACAGAUCAGGAUUGGGAGUCACUGAUGCGGUCAGUGGAUGAGUACAGCACCCAACUCGCACAGCAGUUUGAGGAGCUAAUGAAACAGCAGCAGCAUGAGGAGGCAGAACAUAGCAGCCACGUCAACAGCCUGGUGCAGAAGAAAGAUGAGGGGGUCCACCAGCAGCAGGAGCUGCUGGAUAAAAUCGAGUCCAUUCGUGUAAAGCUUCAGCUGAACUGCUGCAAGACCACCCGUAAGAACUUUGCAGUCAAGAAACAGGAGCUUAGUACGGAGAAAAUCAAAAUGGAGGAGGAGAGGAAUAGGCUUUCUCAGGAGUUGGAGGAGACCACCAGGAAGCUGGCUCUGCUGAUAGAGGAGCAGAACCAGGAGAAGUUGACGUGGGAGCAAGAGCUAACUGAGCUUAACACUGAGAUGGAGUGUCUACAGAAGGAGUCCGAGCAGGCUACGCAGCAAGCUCUACGGGAUGAGAUUGCUGCCCUGGAAAUGCAGAGAGAUGUGACCCUGUCUGAGAUAGACGACUGGCUGAAAGAGGCUGACCGAUACAUAAACACUCUGAGACUGGACGCCUCCCAGCAGCACAUGCAGCAGAGGUUGGAGUGGGAGAAUAAUGUGGCUGUGGUUCACAGCAGUUUAUCCGGCCUGGAGAAUCAGUUCAAGGACCACCUUUUCUUACUACAACAGGGCCAACUGAUGGAAAACCUCCCUGGAAUCACAUUACCUCUCUUACCCCAGGUCCCCACGGUGGAUUUGGUGCUGAGUUCCAUGAUGCAUGCUACACACCGUCCCCAGUUUCCAAAUUUCCCUAUGGGCCCUCCUAAUAUCACGCCCUUCCCGCCCCAGCAACCCCACCCACCUGCAUUCACAGCCCCAAGCAGAAUGACCCCGCCACCUAACCCCCCCACACCCCCUGCCUCCGCUCUACCCCCAUACCCAGCGCCCCCACCUGUCCCCCAGUUUACCAUGGCCUCUGCCCAGCCCCUCCCCUCCACUAACCCCCGCGCCGCCGGAAAACUAGACAACCUGCUGAAGAGACUGGGGGACAGUUUUCCACAGUGCACCAGACCCCAGCUCAUGUCAGUACUGCAGCAGAUUAAGACCUCUCGGGGCACCAUGGCUGGCAUGUCUAUGGAUGAAGUCACACAGCAGGUAGCACAGAGACUGGCACAGAAUGACAAACCGUCUCCAGGACUUAUCAGGCCUCCGUCUGCAUUCAGGGGUGUGUCUGGCUCGCAAGGCCCAAUCCAGAGGCCUCCUGGCCCCAUCCAGAGACCCACACAUCCCCCUCAGAGACCUAUAGGGGCCCAGGUCUUCCAGAUAAGGCCUCAACAGAAUGUGGCUGCCAGUAAUCGUAAGCCGUGCUUGAUGUGCCAGAACCAUGUGGAUGCAGACAGCCAGCACCCUUUGAAUUGCGCCCACACUGUACAUAAGAAUUGCAUUAGUGUAUGGCUGCAGUCCAGCAAGGAUAACUCUUGCCCCUUCUGCCCAAACAAGUAAAAGGAGGACAGAACAGAAAGCAUGAAGGUACACAUACUGCUAAACAUACUGAUGGUGGAAGACUGUGGAAUACGAUUCUCAUCCAGUCCAGUUUCAUGGCGAUGUACCUCUUUGUGACCCAAUAAACACAAGUAUUUUCUAUUAUGCAUACCCUAUUUACAUUUUGCUUAAUGUACAUCAUUUAAUAAAAUGUUUAAAAGCUGACAAAAAGUACUGUGUUGUUAAAACAACUGCAAUUAUCUGGCAUCAACUCUAAGUUUAUAUUUUUCUCUUUCUGAACAAAUGUGUGUUAGAAUUCAUAGGGAAAUCACGUAAUGUGUGCCUUUUGACUAUGGGGGGUAUAUUGUGUAAAUUUUACCUCUGAUUUAUUUUCACUCAUGUUAUUUUUUUAUGUUAUUUCUAGCAUUAAUGCAUUUUUUAUGUUUACGUUGUUUUUUAACUUUCAUUAUUCAAUGUAAAAAAAGUAUUUCUAUGCAAAAAAUACACUAAAGUGUUAUAAGUGCCUUACUGAAAGUCACGUCAUGACUCAUGAAUGUAGAACAGAAUGUUGUAAUACUUCAGUAAGUUUAGUUUUCAUGUGGAAAUGGAGAAAUGGCAGUGACUCUUUGGACUUUUGUAACAACCUCACAAUAAACACAAUUAUCAGCGGUGAUUAAAGGUGAAAGAAAAUGAUAAAAGAACCAUUCAAAGCAG